UUAACCACAUUAUCAGUUCGUUUUUAAAAAUCAAACUGAACAGAACCAAAAAAUAUUCUACCUCAACCCAGAAAAGUAUUUCACGAACUUUGAGCCAUGAAUUGCGUGACCCUAAAGCGUUCACAUUUUUUGGAUGACGAGCAGCAGGAUACUUUUCCCAAAAAAAGAAGACGCAAGGAGAAGAAAUCAACAAAAUUACCAGAUAAAAUUGACGCAAUUGGGAAAUAUUGCAAAUCUUUAAAGCGCUCCCUAUCUUUUAAGGACGAUUCCAACAAUAUAUGGCCACCAAAACGAAUGUGCAGGAAGAGCAAUCCAACAGAUACUCCUAAAAAAGGCAUGCAUGGAGUGGUUCCAAAAGAUUUCUUAAAAGGAUUACCCGUACUCCUCGACACCGAUUCAAGUGAUUCGGAGGUUGAUUGCCAGUCUUCUCAGAUCGAUACUACAAAGUCAGUAAACGAGGAAAGUCAGAAGCUGUUUAGCUACGAAAUGUUGAAGUCCAUUUGCGCUGGAAUGAUGAAGGAACGCGAAGAUACAGUUAGGGAGGAAUAUGAAGCGGCUUUGAGCCAGAAAAUGGUUGAGCAAUAUGAUACAUUCAUCAAGUUCACCCACGACCAAAUGCAGCGAGAUAAUGGAAUAAGUGCCAGUUACUUGACAUGAUUGUCAUGAAGAUGUUGAUGGGGUUUUAAAUUUUAGCCAAAUUUGUUAGGAAGUUAUUUAUGUUAAUAAAGAAAUUCGGUUUAUUUCUUAAAAAA